AAAGGAUGGUCUGUGGCUCCGCCGUCACACUCCUGACGAGGACAAAACGUGCGCGUGUGGAAGCCGAGAGACCCACGGGACGUCGCUGAGUGUCUCCACGCAGGCUCAGGAUGCAGAACUCACCAGUGGAAGAUGCAAACUUCUUUUCGAGGUUUUUCUUCUGCUGGAUGUCACCGCUGAUGAGGAAGGGCUUCAGGAAGAAGCUGGACCUCGCAGACGUGUACAAGGCUCCUUCUUAUGAUCAGGCAGACGUUCUCUCCGAGCGGCUUGAAAGAGAAUGGGACAGAGAGGUGGUUUCAGCCAAGACCAAGCCCAGGCUGAUGCGAGCUUUGGCACGAUGUUUCCUAGGCCCUUUCCUUUUCUUUGGUGUUCUCCUCUACUUCGGGGAGGCUUCCAAAGCAGUGCAGCCUCAGCUCCUGGGACGCAUCAUCGCCACGUUUGACCCAUUUCAUGCUGCGGAGCGGAAACAGGAGUACUUCCUGGCCCUCGGGAUUUCCCUCCUCUUUGUCGCCCGGUUCCUCCUGCUGCAGCCUGCCAUCUUUGGACUGCAUCACCUGGGAAUGCAGAUCCGCAUUGCCCUGUUCAGCCUCAUCUACAAGAAGACCCUGAAACUGUCAAGCCGAGUUCUGGAUAAAAUCAGCACUGGUCAACUGGUCAGUCUGAUGUCAGCCCACCUCAACAAGCUGGAUGAGAGCCUGGGUCUGGCCCACUUCAUAUGGAUCACCCCCCUGCAAUGUAUUCUGUUAACUGGACUGAUAUGGGAACUGAUCGAUGUGAACACUUUCUGUGGUCUGGCAGCUCUCUCCCUGCUGGGCAUCAUCCAGGCGUGGCUCUCUCAGAAGAUGGGAACUCACCGGGUGAAGCGGGCCGGGAUGAUCAGCCGCCGCCUGGCUCUAACCGCAGAGAUCGUGGAGAACAUCCACUCUGUGAAGGCGUACAGCUGGGAGGAGGUGAUGGAGACCAUCAUUAAGAACAUCAGACAGGACGAGAUGACACUGACAAGGAAGAUUGGUUCUCUGCGGUACUUCUACAGUGCCUCAUACUUUUUUUCUGCAAUUUUGGUCAUUCUGUCAGUCAUUGUGCCACAUGCCCUCAGUAGGGGCGUCAUCCUACGCCGCAUUUUUACGACUUCCUCUUAUUGCAUGGUGCUACGAAUGACACUGACCCGUCACUUGCCAGGAUCCAUCCAAAUGUGGUAUGACACGCUGGCUUUGGUGGCGAAGAUUGAGGAUUUCUUAAUGAAGGAAGAAUACAGAGUGCUGGAGUACAACCUGACCACCACAGACCUGGAGCUGGUCAACGUUUCUGCAUCCUGGGAUGAGGGCAUCGGCAAGCUGUUUGAGAAGCUCAAGCAAGAGAACAAGGCCAACGGACACCCACAAAGUGACGCUGGCCUCUUCUUUACCAACCUCUAUGUCACACCUGUCCUCAAGAACAUCAGCUUAUAUCUGGACAAAGGCAUGAUGCUGGCUGUAGCUGGUUCCACAGGCGCGGGGAAGAGUUCCUUACUGAUGAUGAUCUUGGGAGAGCUGGUGCCAUCAGAGGGUAAAAUCAGACACAGUGGUCGUAUAUCCUACUCACCACAGACUUCCUGGAUCAUGCAAGGGACAGUGCGAGAUAAUAUUCUGUUUGGUCUGACCUACGAUGAGUAUCGCUAUACCUCUGUCAUCAAGGCCUGCCAGCUGGAGGAGGACUUUGCUCUGCUGCCUGAGAAAGACAAGACGCUGCUUGUCGAGGGGGGUGUGACCCUCAGUGGUGGCCAAAGAGCACGCCUCGGUCUAGCAAGAGCCGUGUAUAAGGAUGCAGACCUGUACCUGCUGGAUGCACCCUUCACCCACCUGGACAUCAUGACGGAGAAAGAGAUCUUUGAGAAAUGUGUCUGUAAACUGAUGGCAUCCAAGACACGAAUUGUUGUCACCAGCAAGCUGGAGCAUCUAAAACGAGCAGACAAGAUCCUCCUUCUUCACAAUGGAGACUGUUACUUCUAUGGCACAUUCUCAGAGCUACAGGCCGAGCGCCCUGAUUUUAGCUCUCUGCUCCUUGGAAUAGAAGCUUAUGACAGCAUUAAUGCAGAGCGACGCAGCUCCAUUCUCACAGAAACUCUCCGCAGGGUGUCUAUUGAUGAAACGGCUGGCUUCAGAGGUGCAGAUCCAAUUCGCCAGUCUUUCCGACAGCCACCACCUUCACUAAUGGUUUCUGGAUCCCAAGCGUUUCCUGGAGGUGAUGGACACCCAGAAAAACGCAAGCAGUCUCUCAUCCUCAAUCCGCUGGCAGCUGCCCGCAAGAUCUCCUUCAUCGGAAACUCCCAACAGAACACAAACGUUCCCCAGUCCAUGACAAUAGAGGAUGGUGUUUGUGAACUUUCUGAAAGAAAAUUCUCAGUCGUACCUGAGGAUGAUCAAGUAGAGGAGGUUCUUCCCAGAGGGAACAUGUAUCAUAAUGGAUUACAGCAGCUCAGCGGCCAGCGGCGCCAGUCUGUCCUGGCCUUCAUCACUAAUGCUCAUGGUCAGGAGCGGAGAGACCAGUUGCAGUCCUCUUUCAGAAAGAAACUGUCCAUCACGCCGCAGUGUGAUUUGGCAACGGAGUUGGACAUUUAUGCCCAUCGGUUGUCCAAAGAUAGUGUUUAUGACAUUAGUGAAGAGGUGGAUGAAGAAGACAUGGCGCAAUGUUUUGUAGAUGAACGGCAAAACAUUUUCCAAACAACUUCGUGGAGCACAUAUCUACGUUACAUCACCACCAACAGGAGCUUGAUCUACGUCUUAAUUUUCAUCCUGUUUGUCUUUGCCAUUGAGGUUGCUGGUUCAGUCCUUGGUAUUUACCUCAUCACUACUGCGGUUUGGAGGGAUGGAGCCAAUCCUUCAUCACCCAACUACAUUAGCGAGCAACCUCCCAAUGCCUCGUCACCGCCUGUCCACCUGGCUGUUAUUGUCACACCAACCAGUGCUUACUACAUCAUGUACAUCUUUGUAGCCACUUCUGAAAGUGUCCUGGCAUUGGGUUUCAUCAGAGGACUCCCUUUAGUGCACACAUUACUCACAGUCUCCAAGAGAUUGCAUGAGCAGAUGCUAAGGGCUGUCCUACGGGCCCCAAUGGCUGUGCUCAACACCAUGAAAACAGGCCGGAUCAUGAACAGGUUUACCAAAGACAUGGCCACCAUUGAUGACAUGCUGCCUCUUGUGCUGUUUGACCUUGUACAGCUCACAUUGAUUGUCAUUGGCGCCAUCUUCACUGUAUCUAUCAUAAGGCCGUACAUCUUUAUUGCCUCCAUCCCAUUGGCUGUUAUUUUUGUUAUUCUCAGAAAGUACUUCCUUCGAACUGGACAGCAGCUUAAACUACUGGAGGCUGAAGCUCGUAGCCCAAUCUUCUCCCAUCUCAUCAUCUCCCUGAAAGGUUUAUGGACAAUUCGUGCCUUUGAAUGUCAGACGUACUUUGAGAUGCUCUUCCACAAGGCGCUGAACACUCACACCGCCAUGUGGUUCCACUAUUUGACCACACUGCGAUGGUUCCUCGUUCGCUGUGACAUGAUCUAUGUCCUGUUCUUCAUUGCUGCUACCUUCAUCGCCAUGGGAACCAACCAAGACAAACCAGGGGAGAUUGGCAUCAUUGUGGCGAUGGCUAUGCUCAUCCUUGGGACUUUCCAGUGGGCGAUUAUCACCAGCAUCACCGUAGAUGAACUGAUGCAUUCUGUGGAACGAGUGUUCAAGUUCAUUGACCUGCCAUCAGAGGAGCCGCUGUCUGCCAAAGGAGGGAAAGGAGGUGGUAAAGGAGGUCCUGACCUGGUUAUCGAAAAUCCACACGCCCAUGACUGCUGGCCCAACAGAGGACAGAUAAAUGUCCAAGGCCUCACUGUGAAACACACAGAGGCCGGACGUGCAAUACUCAGCGAUGUCUCCUUCAGUGUGGACGGAGGACACAGUGUUGGACUGCUGGGAAGGACUGGUUCAGGGAAGAGCACUGUACUGUCCGCCUUGUUGCGUCUCGCAUACACUGAUGGAGAAAUCUCUGUAGAUGGCGUCUCCUCGAGCUCAGUCUCUCUUCACACAUGGAGGAAGGCCUUUGGAGUGGUGCCACAGAAAGUCUUCAUCCUGACGGGUACUUUCCGAAUGAACCUGGAUCCACACGGGCGCUACAGCGAUGAAGAACUGUGGAGGGUGGCUGAGGAGGUGGGUCUGAAAUCCAUUAUUGAACAGUUCCCAGACAACCUGGACUUCCAACUGGAGGAUGGGGGCUAUGUGCUGAGCUAUGGACACAAGCAGCUGCUGUGCCUGGCUCGCUCCAUCCUCAGCAAGGCCCGCAUUCUGCUGCUGGACGAAACCUCCGCCUACCUUGACCCCAUAACACUGCAGGUCCUGAGGAAGACACUGAGGCAGUCCUUCUCCAGCUGUACCGUCAUCCUGUCAGAACACAGAGUGGAGCCGCUGCUGGAGUGUCAGUCCUUCCUGAUGAUUGAGGGCAGCUCUGUGAAAAGCUACGACUCCAUCCACAGGCUGAUGAAUGAGACCAGCCACCUCAAACAGGCCAUGAGCCCCACCGACCGACUGCGACUCUUUCCAGCUCUUCACCUCAACUCCACCAAGCGAGCGGUGCCACAGACAGCCAAGAUCUCUGCCCUGCCCGAGGAGGCUGAGGACGAGUUCCAAGACACUCGUCUCUGACCGUCUCUGUGCCUGCAUCCAGAUUCUGACAAGGUCCUGGCCCAAUGGGUUUCCAGUCCUGAUACGGAGAAGACUGAACCCUAAGGUCCUGCCGUUCCAAUUUCUGUGCCAUUAACAACGAUGGGAGCACAGCGCCAUUUUAUUUACACACAAUCAUAAUUUAAUAAUGUCAAAAUGUGAUCAACAAUGGAAAACUCUUCAGGUUCAUCAAGGUUCUUCUUUAAUGAAGUGUUCAAUAACUGGACAACACAGCAGCACAAAUGUUCUCACACAUGUACAAGUUCCUAAAAUGAAGCUUUUCAGGUAAAUUUGUCUGUAAUCACAAUUACAGAAAAAUGGUUUUAUGUCUGACAUUCCCACAAAACAGAACCAUGUAGAAGAGACCAACCCCCCUCAAAACACCCAAAAUCGUAAACCAUUUGUGUUCCGUAUCCUCAGGUGUCAUCAAGUGAUCCAGCCUGUUUUCACACCAGAUUACCAUGAAACUAUCGUGUCAGUGAAAACAAGAAAGAGCAAACGCUACACUUUAAAAAAAUGAACUGCCGUCUCAACAAGAAAAAGUGAUGUCACAAUUUACACUGAUUUCAGCUUAACUAGAGAAGUCUUGUGGCAUUAACUCAGUUGAAAGUUGAAAUAACGUAAAAAAAAUCUAUGCAAAUUGUUACAUCACAUUACAUCCAAGUCUUAGCACAUCCAGCCGGACACCUUACUGCCGUCAUAACGAUCGUACAGACACACGUCGCUGCAAUAACUGUAGUAUCUGAAGGAUCAGUGCAGUAAGGUCACAUAGUUACCUGGAGGGGCACUCACCAAGACCCAACUCUUUGAUUCUCUGUUGACGUUUUACUUUUCUUUGUUUUUUAUUGGGGAGUGUUUUUCCUGGUCUUUGAUGCUGGUCUUUGUCUGCCAACAAUGUUAUGUUUUCAUUACGGUUUGUCUUAGCUUGAGCCUGUCAUCGUGUAAAGGAUCAAAAGAAUCAGGAUCAAGGAGCGGAUCCUCUGAUCCUGACUGAUGAACUAAUUAGCAGUCAAAAACAAAGAUCAAUGGCACAAACACCAUCAACAGAAUAAAGAUCAAAGGCAAGAUCCACUCUUUGAUGUGGGUCUGCACCAGAAUUUAACCAGCUCUUCUUUGACCCCAGACCUACCAAAACACCACCAAACGUCACUGAAAUCUGUUCAUGUCCUGUUCAGAUAUCCUGCUA